GGAUUUAUUUUGACACCUGGAAGUUUUGUGAAAGUUUACUGAUUUGCCAUAAAGUUCUGUCCAGACAGUCCAGACUAGGAGUGGCAGUCAGUGUGUGUGUGAGAGGGACAGCCAUGGGUGCUGGGUGCUGCCCCCAGCUGAGGAACCCCCUGACCCCCCACUAGCUGCUCCCUGCUACACACACACACUCAGUCAGCCAGCCAGCCGCGGGAGCGCGCCUCACACCCAGCAGAAGAUGGAGGUUGCCAUGGUGAGCGCGGAGAGCUCGGGCUGCAGCAGCCACCUGCCCUACGGCUACGCCCACGCGCGCGCCCGGGAGCGCGCGCGCCUGGCCCACUCCGCCGAGAAGGCAGCGGAGAAAGCCGAGAAGGCUGCGCUGGCGGCACAAGAAGGCGGGAACUCGGUGGGCGUGGCCUGUCACCCGCAGCAACAGGCGGGCCGCGUAACCACCACCUCCUCCCAGGGGAACAGCGGCGGGAGCGCGCGGCGCGCCACCCAGUCCCCUCAGCAGCAGCCGCCGCUGUCAGCACCACAGCCGCCCUCAGCGCCGCCGGAGGAGGAGGAGGGGGGGGAGCCGGCACCGCAGCACCGGAGGAAGGCCAACCGGCGCAGGCACUUGUGGCCCCUGGGCGGCUGCAACAGGUGGAGGAGCCGGGGCCACCAAGCGGGCAACGAAUGCAGCGGAGGGGCCGGCGGAGGAGGAGCAGGAGGAGAAGACGGCGGCACCUUCCCCUCGGAGCUGGCUCCCUGCGGCUCUGAGGAGACCAUGCUGCGGGAGGACGAGGAGGACGAGGAGCGGCUGGGCGGGCUCUACCUGUGCGGGGGUAGUAGCCCCGGCGGGGAGCGGAGUCCCGGCGGCGGCGGUAGCGGAGGUAGUCCCUGCGGGGAGCGGCCCCCCGGCGGAGGAGGUUAUCACCCGGUGUACAGCGAGUUCCAGUGCUGCGAGCGGGUGGUGAUCAAUGUGUCCGGCCUGCGCUUCGAGACCCAGCUGAAGACCCUCACCCAGUUCCCGGACACCCUCCUCGGGGACCCGGACAAGCGGAUCCGCUACUUCGACCCGCUCCGCAACGAGUACUUCUUCGACCGGAACCGGCCCAGCUUCGACGCCAUCCUGUACUACUACCAGUCCGGCGGCCGCCUCAAGCGCCCGGUCAACGUGCCCUUCGACAUCUUCUCCGAGGAGCUCAAGUUCUACGAGCUGGGCGACCAGGCGCUGCUCAAAUACCGGGAGGACGAGGGCUUCGUGCGGGAGGAGGAGCGGCCGCUGCCGGACAACGACUUCAAGCGGCAGGUGUGGCUGCUCUUCGAGUACCCGGAGAGCUCGGGGCCCGCCCGGGGCAUCGCCAUCGUGUCCGUGCUGGUCAUCCUCAUCUCCAUCGUCAUCUUCUGCCUGGAGACCCUGCCCGAGUUCCGGGACGACAAGGACCCCCUGCUCCCCCCGCUGGGCCCCGGGGAGGAGGCCUCGUCCAACGGGACCCUGCCGGACACCAAGAGCCCCAACACCGCCUUCAACGACCCCUUCUUCAUCGUGGAGACCGUGUGCAUCGUCUGGUUCUCCUUCGAGUUCGCAGUCCGGCUCUUCGCCUGCCCCAGCAAGCCUGGCUUCUUCAGGAACAUCAUGAACAUCAUCGACAUUGUGUCCAUCCUGCCUUACUUCAUCACCCUGGGCACCGAGCUGGGGCAAGAGCAGCCCAGCCCGCAGCAACUACAGCAGCAGCAGCAACUACAGCAGCAGCAGCAGGCCAGCGGGCAGCAGCAGCAGGCCAUGUCCUUUGCCAUCCUGAGGAUUAUCAGACUAGUCAGGGUCUUCCGCAUCUUUAAACUAUCCAGACACUCCAAGGGGCUACAAAUCCUGGGGCACACGCUGAGGGCCAGCAUGAGGGAACUGGGGCUGCUCAUCUUCUUCCUCUUCAUUGGGGUCAUCCUCUUCUCCAGUGCUGUCUACUUUGCGGAGGCUGAUGAGCCCACCACCCACUUCCAUAGCAUCCCCGAUGCCUUCUGGUGGGCUGUGGUGACAAUGACCACGGUGGGCUAUGGGGAUAUGAAGCCCAUCACUGUUGGGGGCAAGAUAGUGGGUUCCCUGUGUGCCAUAGCAGGGGUCUUGACAAUAGCACUGCCCGUGCCAGUCAUAGUCUCCAACUUCAACUACUUCUACCACAGGGAAACAGAGAAUGAUGAGCAGACUCAAGUGACAUCCAAUGGGGAAAGUUGCCCUUACUUACCCACCAAUUUGUUGAAGAAGUUAAAGAGCUCCACGUCUUCCUCCUUGCAGGACAAGUCAGACUAUCUAGAGAUGGAGGAAGGGAUCAAAGAAUCUCUCUGUAUAAAAGACAAGGCUAGCCAGGGCACAGGGAAUGGGAAUGAGACCAUUAAGUAUAACUGUGUGAAUUUAAAGACGCUGGAAACGGACGUGUGAUUAGAGUGAAAUAUAUUUUUAGAACUUAAAGUCUAUUUAUGCAUUGAAGAGUGCAGUGAUAUAUUUAAAAAAAAUAUAUAUAUAAUGAAAUAUGCAAAUCUAACCUGAAAAUAAACAGCUAGGUUUCAGAUUAGAUAUGAAAUAAAGUGGCUUCCUCUUGUAAGAACAUACCUACUUGGGACCAGAUAGAUGUUCUUUUAUACAGAAUGACUACAGGAAUUGCAGUGCCUGUUCCUUGGCUUUGUUUUUAAAGCAGCCCAUAUAAAUACACAUUUGCAUUUGGGUUAUUUACAAGUGAAUAUUCCAUAGCUUAGUGUGGUAAAGCUAUUCUGAGAAACAUUCAUCUGCAGCAUUUCAUACUGUAGAGAGGAAUUCCUGAUGCCUUUUUAUCAUGGGGCUCUUUUCCCCUAUUCACCUCAAAAAUAUAUAGAAUUAAAUAAAUGUUUGUCUCUCCUUGUGUGACUGCCGUGGUUUAAAUGUACCCAUUCAAAUUUUGUUUACUUGGGUGCUGAUUAUAUAUGGGCAUUUCCUUUUAUUUUUUGUUAUUCAAAUAAUUCCACAUUUAAAUUAUUUAGGGGAACACUAAUUGCAGGGAGAAACAUGUCAGUUUAUUUGGAAAAGGACUGUAGGUACAUUGGGCAUACUAUAACUUGACAAAGGGGUCUAUUUACUAAACAGUAAAUGUUUUUUUAAGUUCCAACUUGCAAAAUGUAGUUUAUAAUUUGGACUAUAAUUGCCUAAAUUUUGCAAAUUGGUUCCAACAACCUACUGUGAAGUGAAUGGAUUCCAUAAUGUUCUUAGAAGAGGAAACCCAAACAGUUUUAAUGAAAUUCUUAAAAGUGGAUUCCACUAUAAUGUUCUUAUCAUGUUAAACAUAUCAAGGAUAGUGGUAGAGUAAAUGGGGAGGGGGGGGGGAUGAAAAGUGCUGUUUCAAAAGAUAUAUUUUUUAAAAGAAUGCAAGUGUUUUGCACAGAUAUGAGCUAAAUUGCUGUUUUAAUUCAUCAUGGUGUGUGAGUGUGCAAGGGUAAAAUUUGGCUUUCAAAUAUAUUUAAAAUUUAAGUAAUCUAUAUUUUUUAGUAAUCAUGUGUAUAAAGGAAGUGAAGUUAUUUGUAAAAUCAAUAUAAUGGUUUAAAUGAACCAGCGCAAACCUUAAUAGUACUACUAUUAAACUCAUGCAGCUAUAUACCAUUUUAAUCCUGAUUUUAGAAAAAAGUAGUCUUUCCUACAAUGAAUUUACUAUGUGAUGUAACACACAAAACAGCUGCUUGUAUCUUCGUUUGACAAUAGCUUAAACAAAUAAUUGUUUAUCACAAACUGUAAGGGCUGCCAACUAUGCACAUUUAUUAGGUUAAACUAGGGAAAGACUUCCAUCCGCUGCAUGUCCUACAUAUGUAGGGAAUGCUUUCUUCGCACUAUAGGAUAAGCUGGAUAAAUAGAUAUUUAAAGAGACGUCGUACUGUGAACCAUUUCUGUAAAUUUAAAGUUUUAAGACAAUCAUUAACACAGGACUUAAGUGGCAUCCUGUUAAAAAUUCUAUAUAUGUUAAUUAUAAGAUUGUUGGCUUUAACAGUAGAUAUUCUAGUACUAAGAAGUGUUACAGGUUUGUGAAAUGGAGCGUUAUAUAUUUUAUUACUUUUAUUAUGUUUAGCUUGUCAUAUAAAUAUGGAAUAAUGAAUAUGUAAGAGAAUUUUAUUUUUACAUACAUAUAGAUUUUUGUUCAACAUUUAAACAAGUUAAAAAAAGUUUGACAAUUCUUGCUUUUAUUGUACUGUACAGUAGGCCUUAAUCUUAAACGUAUACAUAUUGUACCAAAGCCCACAUACGUGAAUGCAUCAAGUUUUCUAUUUUAUUAGUAGAUAAAUUAUAUUUAAUACAUUUUAUUAGGAAAAACAAUCACAUACAAAGCAAUUGGCUGGAAAGUUAUAUUGUGCAAUUAUUUCUUAGAAUAUAUUAUCUAUAUAUUCUGCAAGAUUUGCUUAUGUGCCUACAUUUUCGUUUGGUUUACAGUGGCGAAUGUCUUGUUUUAAUAUUGUGGUUUAAGUUAAAUGAAAACCACAUUAUUACAAAAAUCCAGUUACAUUGCUUAGCGUGAAUGAAGCAUUCCAUGUUAUGUAAAGUACAACUUGAUAAUGUUCAGAAAAAUAGGUAAUUUUAUAUCUCUGUAUCAAAUUAGAGUUCCCCUUCUUUAAAAACCGUUUGCUUCCAGAGGGGUCUGCAACCAUUUAGGAAGAGUUAACUUGGCAGAACUCUAAUGCUGUUUAAUAUGUGAACCUAAAGGGACAAAAUAAAAUCUUGGGAUAUUCUGGAAACUUGGUUAUACUGCCAUGUCUUUAGUAUUGGUUUACAAACAAAAUACAUAUCUGCAUGCAACGAAAGUGCAAUCAACUGUUCAUCUGUUUCAAAAGUUCAAACAUUUUCACAACCUUGCGCAAAUCAUUGUUGCAAAUGUUUGUUUCUGCAACCAUGCUUUUGCGCAGAAAUAGAAAAAUAAAAAGGAAUACAUUCACCAACCUUUACUCAGAUGUCAGUCUGGUGGGUGUUGGGUAAGUACAUUAUUUAUUUUUUUUGCUUUUGUUUAAACUGGAGUUUACCAUCUCAAUAUGCAUAAUUCUGAAUUCAGCCUCAUCUUUUAGUACAUUUCUAUGUAAAGCAGGACUGGUGAUUAAUAAUGAGAUUGUUCAUUUUUUAAGUGUACACUGUCCUAUUGCAAUCAUGUAUUGCAGACAACUAGAUUAUAAUGGAAUUAAAUGGAACAUCUCGAAUGGAA